UAUUAGCAUUUUACAAUUUUCUCUACUCUCUGCUACAGCUCUAUAGUCGGAUACUCUACAUCGUGAUCACAAGAAGAAGUUUAGAAGUUCGUGAAGUCUUGAAACAAUUGUUUUAUUCUGAGGAUGUAGCUAAAGUCGGCGAUUGCCGAGAAUCAUUUUUUUUAAAUAUUAUAAAUUAUUGUGUGAAAUGAGCGAUUGAUCUAAAAUCGUGCAUUCGGCCAGGUACUGACGUGUUUCGAUCAUCGUGGUUCCGGUUUCUUGCAUAUACUUAAAGUAGUUUACAUUUGAACCAUCAGCCAUGGCUCUGGCAGAACCCAGAAAACGAAGGAAAAACCCCAUGCACAGCAUUAAUUUGUCGGCCCAAAAUCACUGGACAAAUGAUGAUUCAAAAUUUGGUCAGCGGAUGCUUGAAAAAUUUGGUUGGUCUAAAGGAUCUGGUCUUGGAAAAAAUAAACAAGGAAUAUCUGAAAACAUAAGAGUUGAUCAUAAAGUGCACCCUACAGGACUAGGAUUUAUAGCAAAUAAUGUGGAUGAUUGGUUCAAAGCAGGCGAAGAAUAUUCACGUUUAUUAUCACAAUUAACAGAAAAGUUUGACCAGUACCAAGAAUUAUCAGAAUCAAAUGGAGAUACAACUUCUAAAAAAUCACUUGUUCAAAAUUCACUGAAUUCAAAGUCAAGAGUUCAUUACCACAAAUUCACCAAGGGAAAAGAUUUAACACAAUACAAAAGAGAUGAAUUGACAUGUAUACUAGGAAAAGGUGUUAAAGAUGAUGGUGAAAUCUUAAAUGGUUUAAACAUGGAAGAAUAUUUUAAAUCCAAAAAAGAACGCUUAAAAAUAAAAACAGAUAAACAUGAUACAUCAACAACUGUUGAAUAUGAUUUGACUAAUAAUAAUGACAAUAAUAUGCAAGAAGGAAUUACUGUCGAAGAAGAAACGGAAGCCCAAACUAAAGAACAUGAAAUAAAUACAACGCUACUGAAAAAAAAGAAACGCAGAGCAAAACAGUUGAAAGAUACGGAAAUUGUAAUGCCAAUUUAUGAUGACAUUCAUGUUGAGUUAAAGAAAAAGAAAAAAAAAACAAAAGAACUCAUUUGUGAAAAAAUUGAUGACGUUGAAUUGUUAAAAAAAAAACCUAAGAAAAAUAAAUUACCUAUUAAUGAGGAUUUAGAUGAUAAUAUGUCAGAAGGAAACAACAACAAAACAUUAGAAGAAAAUGAUGCCGAUGAACAAGAUUCGGAGUUAGUUUUGACGCAUAAAUAUCAAAAAUUGGUUGAUCUCUUAAUAGAGAACAGUUCUGCUGGUAAUAAAUAUUGUAAAGAUUCGACAAGUCCUUUGUUCCAGGAGAAAAUGAAAGAGUUUGCAGAUAGUGUUACACACCAAUGCUUGACCACAGUUGGUUCAACUGAAAUAAAAUCAUCAUUAAAAAAAGAAACAACAACUCUUAAACCAAUAAUUUUGAAUCCAGACGACAAGAAUUUCAUUAAAGACUUUGAAGAACAGAAAUCUCAAGCUCUUGAAAUGAUAUCUAAACGUCAACAGUUGGCGAAAUAUGUAAAUGAAAAAUCUAUGUUUAUUGCCAAUCAUGGGGAUGUGUUAUUCUUUGGUAGUAAUAUAAAUGAUAUCAAAGGCUAUGGUGAAUGGUAAAUUAUAUUAUAUAAUAAAUAAUGAUAUUCUUCAAUAUUUAUUCUAUAAAUGGUUUCAGAAGUUAUUACAUAUUAAUAUAUAAUCAAAAAUAAUGUCAAUCUUUGUUUGUUUAUAUCUUAUAAAUAAUAAGUCUUUAAGUCUAUCUAAUAACAUGUAAUAAUAGACAGUCAUAAAUUAUUGAAUAUUUAUUUGAAAAUUAUAUAAUUAACUCCUGUAUUAUGCAGAGUUAACUUGCUACGCAAAAGACCAAUGCGCAGUGUUGUAGUGCCGUAUACCUUCUGAUCAUUACAAAUAAACACUGUAUACCUUCUAA